UCGUUCAUUGGUUACUCUCGAAGAAAAGGAUAGAGUGACUCAACAGUGGAGAUGAAAGAAAUCAGUGCUCUGAUUGGACCACCGCGGUGGUACCACUUGGUCGUCUGGUUGCUGACCUUCGUGCGGGCGUUUCCUUCAUCCUGGACGCAACUGGCGGCGUUGUUCGUGGCCGCGGACGUCGAACACUGGUGCUCGAGGCCCAGCGACCCAUCCUUCGCGAACUGGACAGAGCAACGCUUGGAAGGCCGAAGCCAUUCCCCUUGUCAAUGGUUCUCGCCUCUCGGCGGCGGGCCCGAAGUUCGAGUCCUGUCUGAUGUUUGCCGUGGAAACCAUAAGCGACAAUGCUUCCGCUGUGCUCUUCGAUCAAUCGAGGACGGUGUCGUGUGACGCGUGGUCAUACAACGAGACUAUACCAGGAUCAUCUGCAGUGCCAGAGUGGGACCUCGUGUGCCAACAUGAAUGGCAGCGAUCCAUGAUGACAAGUGUCGUGUUUGUGGGAUCCCUCGUAGGAUCACUCUUCAUGGGCCACAUGUCUGAUAGAUUCGGACGGCGUACCAUGUUCUUCGUCUCCGUGUUUGGGGCUGCGCUCUUCGGCUCUUUGGGAGCGUUGUCCGCCUCGGUGAAGUGGUACAACGGCCUGCGCUUCUUCGCCUCCGUCAACAUCGCCGGCAUCCAGACAAGCUCGGCGGCCUUGUUGGCCGAAAUCUUGGACCCUCGAUACCGGACGUUCCUCAACAUUGGCUACACGGCGGGAUACGCCAUACCUUCCAUGCUGCUUCCGGGCGUGGCCUACUUGUUGUCAGACUGGAAACUCCUACAGCUGGUCACCGGACUGGCAGCCUUGGCCUGCGUGCCUUUUAUGCUGGUCGUUCAGGAGUCACCCCGUUGGCUCAUUACGACGGGCAGGGAAGAGCAAGCGGAACGCGCCAUCUCAAAAAUACUAAAGAUGAACCGUCGAGUGGUGCCGAACUUGAAAUCCGCCGUGCAAUUGACUGCGGAGAGAAUUCGGGAGUCGUCGACUAGUACCAUAGGUCCCGUGGAGAUUCUGAGACACCGGAUGAUUAGAAGGAACACUUUUCUUCUCUUUGUCGUCUGGUUCUGCGACAACUUUCUCCUGUUCGCUGUCAUGCUGGGCGCUGUGGACAUCGAGGGAAGCCACCUGGUUAACUUCGCUGUCUCAACGGCGGCAGAGAUACCCGCUGCAUUCAUUGGCCUGGCCCUUGUCUACUACUGUCGACGCAGGCCGUCGCAGCUGGCCACUCUGUUACUGGCAGGGAUAGCAGCGGCCACCAUCGAUAUGAUUCCUGCGGGUUCACCUUACGUCAGCUUGUCGAUGUCCAUGGCGAGUCGUUUCGUGCUCGUCCUGUCAGCAUCGGUCAAGUGGGUCUGGACCAUGGAACUGUUCCCAACGGCAGCACGUGGGUUCGGCUUCGCCGCGUGCUUCACCGUGGGUCGCUUGGGCGGAAUCGUGGCACCCUUCAUGAGCGUUAUUAAGAAGCAGGUCUCCAUGUACCUGGCUGCUGGAUUGCUGGCAGCCGCUGCCGUCGUUGGAGCAGGAGCCGCCGCUCUUUUGCCGGAGACUCGAGGUAUCGAACUUCCGGACACAUUCGGCGAAGCCGAAGAUGUCGCCAGACAGCGCGUAAACGCAGGCGAGUCGGAACUGGCGACGAAGAGAAAUUCAGAGGACACGGAUGAUGUCGACCGCCACCGGACUUAGCCUUGCAAGAUAUAGCCGCCCGGGCACAUCUGCGACCACCUUGAAAAAAUGGCAGCAUAUACACGG